AUGAUAGUCUUCAAUUCUGGGUGUCCCGGACCCGCCCCUCCCCCGGACCUGCGCUAUCCGCCCGCGCCCCCUCCCCGGCCCCGAGGGUCCGGACAUGACCUGGUCACGUCUCUGCUUUAUCCCCCACACACCUUAGGCCCUGAUAAGUACCUGUUGAGUCCCUUUACCGAUGUUGUCACCACCAACCUGAAGCUUGGCAACCCGACAGAUCGAAAUGUGUGUUUUAAAGUGAAGACCACGGCACCGCGUAGGUACUGCGUGAGGCCCAACAGUGGGAUCAUUGAUGCAGGGGCCUCGAUUAACGUAUCUGUGAUGUUACAGCCUUUCGAUUAUGAUCCCAAUGAGAAAAGUAAACACAAGUUUAUGGUUCAGUCUAUGUUUGCUCCAACUGACACUUCUGAUAUGGAAGCAGUAUGGAAGGAGGCAAAACCGGAAGACCUUAUGGAUUCAAAACUUAGAUGUGUGUUUGAAUUGCCAGCAGAAAAUGAUAAACCACAUGAUGUAGAAAUAAAUAAAAUUAUACCCACAACUGCAUCAAAGACAGAAACACCAACGGUGUCUAAAGCUCUGAGUUCCUCCUUGGAUGACACUGAAGUUAAGAAGGUGAUGGAAGAGUGUAAGAGGCUGCAGAGUGAAGUCCAGAGGCUGCGGGAGGAGAACAAGCAGUUCAAGGAGGAAGACGGACUUCGGAUGAGGAAGACAGUGCAGAGCAACAGCCCCACUCCCGCGUCAGCCGCGGCUGGGAAGGAGGAGGGCCUGAGCACCCGGCUGCUGGCGCUCGUCGUCCUCUUCUUCAUCGUUGGCGUGAUCAUAGGGAAGAUCGCCUUGUAGAGGCAGCAUGCGAGACGGGGAUUGGAUUGAUGGGUCCGCCAUAGUGUGGGAUUUAAAUUUAUCAUAACCAUGUGUAAAGAGAAAUUAAUGUAUGAUGACAUCUCACAGGUCUUGCCUUUAAAUUACCCCUCCCUGCGUGUGUGCACCCAUGUGCACACGUGCACACACACACACAAA